AUGCCUGAAAGACCCGACGUUCUUUUGCCAGAUCGUUGGUGCGAGUUUGAUCGAUCCUCCAAGAUUCUUGCGCGUCUAGAUGCGGACACCUUCCGAGAAGCAAUAUCUUCAUGUGGACUGCUGUUGUAUUCAUACUGCCUGAGCCCGCUGUCAUCUUUAAGUGCCUUAUCCCCACUAUGUUCUAUUUGA